CCCAGUUGUCUAGCUGCCGGUACACAAUCUUUGCUGAGGGCGGCAUUGAGGGCGGCAUGGCGGUACCCACGUCGAUUCUCGGGCCCCCGCCGCCCCCGCAAACCGGUCCCGGUUCGAUGGUGGCCUGGUGCUCUAUGAGCAGUGGCCCGUCUCGCUACGUGCUUGGGAUGCAGGAAUUGUUCCGAGGCCACAGCAAGACGCGCGAGUUCCCGGCGCACAGUGCCAAGGUGCAUUCGGUGGCCUGGAGCUGCGACGGCCGUCGCUUGGCCUCGGGGUCCUUCGACAAGACUGCCAGCGUGUUCUUGCUGGAGAAGGACCGACUGGUCAAAGAAAACAACUACCGGGGACAUGGAGAUAGCGUGGACCAGCUUUGCUGGCAUCCAAGCAACCCUGACCUCUUUGUCACAGCGUCUGGAGAUAAAACCAUUCGCAUCUGGGAUGUGAGGACUACAAAAUGCAUUGCCACCGUGAAUACCAAAGGGGAGAACAUUAAUAUCUGCUGGAGUCCCGAUGGGCAGACCAUUGCUGUGGGCAACAAGGAUGACGUUGUGACCUUUAUUGAUGCCAAGACACACCGUUCCAAAGCAGAAGAGCAGUUCAAGUUUGAGGUCAACGAAAUCUCCUGGAAUAACGAUAAUAACAUGUUCUUCCUGACCAAUGGCAAUGGCUGUAUCAACAUUCUCAGCUACCCUGAACUAAAGCCUGUGCAGUCCAUCAAUGCCCAUCCUUCUAACUGCAUCUGUAUCAAGUUUGACCCUAUGGGGAAAUACUUCGCCACAGGAAGUGCAGAUGCCUUGGUCAGCCUCUGGGAUGUCGAUGAGUUAGUGUGCGUGCGGUGCUUCUCCAGGCUGGAUUGGCCGGUGAGGACCCUGAGUUUUAGCCACGAUGGGAAGAUGCUGGCGUCGGCCUCAGAGGACCAUUUCAUUGACAUAGCUGAAGUGGAGACAGGGGACAAGCUGUGGGAGGUGCAGUGUGAGUCCCCGACUUUCACCGUGGCUUGGCACCCCAAGAGGCCUCUGCUGGCCUUUGCCUGCGAUGACAAAGAUGGCAAAUAUGACAGCAGUCGGGAAGCUGGCACUGUGAAGCUGUUUGGGCUCCCGAAUGACUCCUGAGAGCGGCGGAGACCUUCCUUUGUGCAGUCUGCUGUUCUCUGGACUUUGUGGGCACUCUGAGUGUUUAUAAAUUGUCGUAGAUUGCAACGCUGUGGUUGGACUGCAUCCCUAAUGCUCUCUGUGGUUCUGAGACCAGAACUGACCUUACAGGGCUAAGCAAGUGCUAACUACUUAGCUACAUUCCCCACCCUGUCCAGCCUCUUUUCCUGGUUUUUGUUUUUGGUGUUUUGUGUUAGCUGUUUCCAUCCCUCCCCGAUUGCCAGUAAGUUAAUGAGGGCUAUGCAAGUGUGGGUCCUGAUCCAUUUUAGGGUUCUCUAUGGGAACAGAACUGAUUGUGUGCGUGUGUGUGUGUGUCUAUUCUGGUACUAGAGUCCAGAGGGAUCCCUAGAGAGCUUACACUGGAGUCCUGAGGAAGUAGGUUCUAAUACCAGCAAAGAAAUGUCUUAGCAACAGGAUAGAUGAACUUGGCAACGAGAGUGAGAACAAGCAGGCAAAAAGCAAAAUCUUCCUUUCUCCAUGUCCUUUUUUAGGGUGUCGGGUGCCAACAGAAUGUGUGCCCUGGAUUUAGGGUAGGUCUUCCUACCUCAAAUGAUCAAGAGAAAUCUCUGAGAUGUGCCCUGCUGGUUGGGUUCAGUGAUUUCCAGGUGCAGUCCGAGCUGAUACCCAAGGUUAGCCAUCACGUGACCAGCACACGUCCCCUGUGGGAGCCCUGUUCCAGGUUUGAGAUCGAUGGCAAAGUUUGCUGAGCACAACUUAGGCAGUGCUUAGGCAGUGCUUAUUUAGAGAGAAGGCAGGACAGGGAUGGGAUUUUAAAAAUAAUUUAAAGAAUUGAGCAUUUAAUAAAACUGAUUUUUAUUAUAA